CUUUUGGAAGACAUUCUGUGGCCUUGAAAUCGUUUCUGAACAUUCCCAGCGACUUCCUGUUUUCUCUCAACGCGAGCAUGAGACUGCAGGCAGGCUCUCUGUCCCUUACAGUCCUAAUACUGGCCGCUUGAGCCCUGGUCACCUCCGCCCAACACCUCCCAUCAUGUCUAUAUUCGAUCUUCCACCAAGCCCGCCCUCCACAUCUUCUCGAAGAAAGCUACACCAUCCUAACCCUACGGUCGAUUUUCUCAGUACUCCAGACUCGCCAGCAUCAUUCCCUGCCAGUUCAAGUACCACUCGAAAACGCGUCGAGUUCUCCCCUUGGACCAAUGCCCUCGAUCCCCAUGGCUCAAGUCAGCCUUCCUCCUCUGCCCCAGUUGUGAAGCCUCUUUUACCCUCCUCAGAGUGUCAAGCUUUAAAGUCCAUCCUCAAACCUACCGUUACGGAAGACAUCCCCGUGAUCAGCAAUGCCCAGUUGCAGCAAGUUGAUUUGUCUGUGGGCGAGAUGAUUGAAAGCAUCAUUCAACAGCUCAGCUGUGACGAACGAACCGUCUCCGUUGACGCAUAUCAGACCUUGUGGAGAGUAAUUAGGCAAUAUGAUGGAAUACCGGAAGAGGCCGUGCUCAAAGUCAAAGUUACAGCCAUCCUUAGAUACAUCAAGAGAGACAUCCUCCGGCCAAUGCUUGAAAUCGCCGACACAAACCUCAUCACUCAGGCCUUGAAGAUCUUGGUAAUUCUGGUCUGGAAUCCAGACUUCUCUGUCUUUUUGACGGACGAAUAUCGAUCAUUCGUCCUCGAUCGCUCCAUUCUCGUCAUAUCCGAGCACACAGCACCAAAGAGUGUCAUCAUGCAUUAUCUACACCUACUCGCAACUCAAGAGUUCCGCCCUAAUCUUAUCACUUACAACAAUCGGGCCACUCGUUUACUCGAGGCUCUCAAGGUGCUUUCCGAUUACUUGAAAGGCAACGGCAUUCUCUCGGAACGAUUACUACUUUAUCGCAAGCUCCUCGAUCAGACAAAGGCAACCAUGAAGACAAAGGCACAUCUCUGGGUUGAAGAGCUUCUGAGCGGCAUGACACAUCACAUGAAGGAUGUUCGAACAAAAGCUGUAGAGCUCGGCUUACAAGCUUGCUCAGCAUUCCCCACAUCGUCGUCCAUAUCUGGCUCCGUUCGUAAUGCCCUCUCCAGCGAGCUGGAUAAUGGAAUGACAAUGGGAACGGCUAUGUCUCGAAGACUGGAAAAGAUGAUCGCUACCAAGGAUGACAUGGUUCAGGUUCCUCAGAUCUGGGCUAUUGUCGUUCUGCUCAGCAGCAGCGUGGAUACUAAGGUCGAUGACUGGGCGGAGCUAAAGGACUGGUUGAAGGUCAUUCAACGAUGCUUCAAUUGCAGUGAAUUAGCUGUCCGACAACAGUCAAACAUUGCCUGGAAUCGAUUUGUGUCAGUCGUCAGACCCCACGAAGCGUCAGACACUUUGUUGUCCAUGUUGGCGAAACCCAUCGCUGCCCAGCUGGAGAAGCAAGCCACCGGAAACAUGGUCAAGAGUAGCAGGGCUGCGGCAGUGUCAAGCUACUGCAACCUCCUGUAUUACGCCUUUCGUCCUGCUGCUACUCACAAGCAGUAUACCCGUGUGUGGAACGAGUACAUUGUCAAGCUGAUGAGGAGCUCUUUUUUUGAGAAAAACAUUGCGAAUGCAGAUAUCUCCUGUCGUGUCCUCAUGGCCAUUCUUUGGAAUUCUUCCAAGGGAGCCAAGGUGUGGAAUGAGAGUCGCGCUCUCCAGGACUCUCGCCCAAUCGCGCCCGAGGAACUUCCCACCAUCGACUGCAAAUGGGUGAGGAUGAGAAGCAGUGCCAUUGUGGAUAUGUUUGGUGUUCUCCUGAAGUAUUGUUCAUGGGGAGCGUCUGGACAAUCUGACAAAGCAUACAUCGCAGUGGCCUGGACUCACUUCCUCAGAGCCCAGAGAGAAGCCAGCAGCAAAGAGAUCAAGCCAACCACGGAGACCAAACACGCCACUCUUACCGUCAUUCAGUUCCUGAGUAAGUUGUGGGAGGACGCCGAAAUGGACUUUCUGAAUGACAAAGCUCAAAGCCUGGCCCAGAUUAGACAAAUGACACGGAGCACAAUCCUCGAGUUGGGGCCACUUCUAGUAUUGACUGCUCUAGAGGCGAAUCCUUCGGGGUCUCUUGUCUUCGUGUACAUGGAAUUGUUCAACCAUUUAACGUCCGAACUGUACUCAUGCGAAGAGUCUAACGACCACCAGACAGCCAUAACAGGCCAGCGAGCUUCGUCGCAAAUUCUGACGUCUUCUUACGAGAGAUGGAUCGAGUCGCUUACCAUCUUUGUGUCGGAUCAUAUGAAGGGGCAGUAUUCUACGGCUUUCUCCAAGCAUGUGCUCGAAAUUCCAGUGUUGCUCUGUGAAGUCCUGAGGAGAGCUCCAGGGGACUAUCUGGCACAUAUAUUGACAAAACUGCAAGAUUCGAUCAUUGUCAUUCUUGGCUGGCCGACUGGGAUCAUUGCACCAGAUGACAUAAAUAGCCUCCCCGUCGACAAUCUAUCCUGGGAAGUCGUCAACGCCUUGACGAGGAUACCCGUGGAAGAUCUUCAUACCUUCGAUGACGUCUUUGAGGCAGUUUUCAACUGUGAGGACCAGAGACGAAAUCAUGAUGCCAUCCAGAUUUGCAAUGCUAAAUUUAGGCCUGAAGAUGAAGAAGCACUUGGACCCAAGUUGAGAUUGGCGUUGACUCAGUUCCAGAGCCUCUCUUCAAAUGACGGUCCCGAGCGUGAUAUACGAGAAUCGUCUUGUGAGAGCAAUGUUGUUCCCCAUGGCGAGCAAGAGGAAGCUAAAUUUACCACCGACAUGGACUCGUUUGGCGUCCAAUCACCAAUAUUGGGAAGUCAGGGUCAAUCAAUAAUGGACAUAUCACCUGGGCCCCACGACCAUGGCGACGACCUUGAGACAACUUUGGUAACAUUUCAGCACAACACUCGGGUCCGGCAUGACGACUCUCAGGUACAUUUCAUACCCAUCGUCUCGUCUUCUCCGCUAAAUGAAGACCCUGAAUCACAAUUCCUGACGGCACGUCAGAAAGAUGUGCGCGAGAGACAACGUUCCGAACCGGCAGUGGUCUUCCCGGACCUCAGAUCAAGCCCGAAAAUCCACAAUCGCUCGCAGAGUUAUAAUGACUGUGAGUUUGCAAGGAAGGUGGCCGACUUAUCCGAAAGGCCUUCGACGCCGACCUUGCCAACACAUCACGAACAGAACGAAGUCGAGAUAAUGGAGUCGCCGACGCCGAGAGCUCGUCAUUUCACAACAGGUAUUCUCGAUGUUGAAGUACCGUCAUCUCCGCCUUCGCUACCUGACAACCAAGAUGACGUGAUGAUUGCUCUCGAAAUUAUCUCUUCGCCCUCUCAUGUGCCGUCAGACGGUGCUCAAGGUGGCAUUCAGAUUGGAAUUCCGCAGUCAGACCCUCCAGAAGCGGCACUCUUGGAGGCUUCGAACGCAGUCGAGGGCAAUCAGGAAUUUGACACCUCCUUCCGAGCGACCUCUCCAGUACACCUAGAGCAAGACACGGCGAGGAAUGAUGUGUCUACUAAUGAUGUGAGCAUGUGCGAGGAUGCUCCUGGUCAGUUCUUCACUGCUCCCGAGGAAGAUAGACCCGAGAUCUCUCGAUACUCCAACCCAGAGAUGAUGUCCGGCGCAGCCCCCGAAGAUGACAACGACGAAAUAGACAUGCUCAGUGCAUCCCAGCUCUCCCAGGACCUUGACCUCCACUUGUCGAGGAAGGUCACUGCACCCAUCGUCUCAGUCUCCACACACGAUAUUCCUGCUGAGAAUGAACAUGUCAACCCAGAAGCGCGAGCAGAAUCAAGAUCGUACAAUAUACGGAAACGAAAGGCCCAGGAUUAUGCCGGGCCUGUGAAACGAAGAAGGGGAAGGCGAUCAUCCCAGCGUAAUUCGAAUUCUCAAGGUUAUAGUUCUUCUGCAAUUCAACCAGGAAGCCAGCAAGAGAUGCUAGACUGCAUUGAAAUUUUCACAUUGGUUCGUGUCGAGGCUGAGGCCGAACCAACGACUCGAGAACCUGUCCAAGAGCCUCUAAGCAUACCCUCCGUGAUGCCCAAACGACGACGCGGACGACCAAGAAAGUACCCUCGACCGGCUGAGGUACAAGCAUUGGAAGCACCUACGGUGCUUUUGCAAACAACAUCAGACAGUCCUCCUUUGAUGGUAAAGGUUGAAACCUCAGAACCUUCGAUUGCAGAUGCAUGUGGGGAUGCUAGCCCAGGGGAGACUCGUGAAGCACGGAGAGCAGGGUCAAAAUCGGAUUCUGUAUCGACAAAGGACGCCAGCGUUGAAGUUGUGGAUAAUCAAGAGCGAGAUGCGAGCUUGCUGCCUCAAACAACUCCAAUGGACGCAGCACCAUCUACGAAUGACUACGAGAAUGUCAACCAGAUGGAGCCUGCUACGCUCGAGUUCAUGAACACGCUGCAACAGGCUUUGGACCAACUCAAGUCGAGUAACUCUGGGGCCAAUAUCGACUUGCGAAAAGUUGAUGACCUUUGCUUCCAGAUCCGGUUCCAAGCUCAGGUACUAAGUCAGCCAGCUGUGGGCCAGUGAUGGGCCGAGGGGCUUUGGAUGACCCUAUCAUCGUAACCACUCACAACCCGAUAGAUUUGAGGCGAGAAACCACAUAAUCUCAAACUGGUUGAUAUUGCUUGGGAGCAUCAAGACUAGAGGGGAAUAGCAUUGAAGACUAGGACACAAUAUAUUAUUG